GCGCUCGUCUGCUCACAGUCUCCCCGUUACACUCGCUGCGAGCACACGCGUGACACCACUCCGCCAGUUCCACGACGACUAGCUCUUGUCCGGCGCGCCACCAUGGGAGUCGAAGGCUGCACUAAAUUCAUCAAGUACUUGCUUUUCGUCUGCAACUUCAUCUUCUGGCUUGCCGGGGGUGCCAUCCUGGGCGUGGCUCUUUGGCUGAGACACGAUCCCCAGACCAGCAGCCUUCUGGGAAUUGAAUAUGAGGGAACCCAGGCCCCAAACACCUUCUACAUCAGUGUCCACAUCCUGAUCGCUAUCGGGGCUGUGAUGAUGGUGGUCGGCUUCCUUGGUUGCUAUGGUGCCAUCCAGGAGUCCCAGUGUCUGCUGGGAACUUUCUUCGCCUGUCUGGUCAUUCUGUUCGCCUGCGGGGUGGGAGCUGGAAUCUGGGGCUUCAUGCACAAAGACACGGUGUCGAAGGAAGUCAUCAACUUCUACGACUCGGUGUAUGACAAAGCCAUGACUCAGGGACUCACCGACCAGGAGACCAAGAAAGCAGCCUCCGUGCUCAAACUCUUCCAUGAGUCGCUGAACUGCUGUGGAAAAGGGAAGGGAACCGGGUUUCUGACCCGCCUAACCGACACCAUGGGCCUGACUGACAUCUGCCCCAGCUCUGGCAGCACGUUUAGCUGCCACGACAAGAUCCAGGACUUGUUUUCUGACAAGAUUUACCUGAUUGGCAUCGCUGCCUUGGUGGUUGCUGUUAUUAUGAUCUUCGAGAUGAUCUUCAGCAUGGUGUUGUGCUGCGGGAUCCGCAACAGCCCGGUCUACUAAAGUGCUCCAUCAUCCAAGCUGCUAAUGAAGGAUAAAUGACCGGCAGUUUGUUUUUUUUUCUCACUUCUUUUAUAAGCAGAAACAUAUUUAGCUUGCUGGAUGAAGACGACACUCCCAUUUUUUAUUUUUUCAUAGCCGUCCAUAAUUCUUUCUGUUUCAUUCUGGAGACCUUUUCAUCUGUCUUCUAACCUGAGGUAGUGUCAUACAGCAGUGCAGUCCAGCCGGCGCGCUCUUUGUUUUAGCUCAUAGUUGUUUUUUAUGCUUGUUACCUUCUUGUACUCUCGGUUCCUAGAUGUUUUUUCACUGUUUGAUGUAUAAACUGUACAUAAUAUAUCUAUUAACAGUGCUUUAUGACUGCCUGAGCAUGGGUGUAGUAGAACUGUAGAAACUGUAACCUUCCUGCAUCCUGCUUCUUUUCCCCUCCACUGAAGAAGACGGUAGAUCAGAGCCGCUUCACCCGCUGGCUUCAGCUCACCAACUAACCACAGUGUUGUCUUCCUAUCAAACACGUCAUUUCUGCAGGGACUGAGGGGUUGCGGGUGCAAAUCUCGGAAGCUUGAACCAAAGUCUCAGUGGCCUGAUGUCUGUCGCGGGUUCUUUCUGCCUCCCAUCGUGCUGGUCGCUCUGCAUGACGAGUCUAUUUCCCAGAAAAUGCGCUCUCAUUCCCGCUGAUCUGACCUGUACCCCGUUCAUAUGCCGAGAAUUGGAAAGGAAACUGCCAUUUUGUUCUUACGAUGGAUGAUUCGCAUUCGUCGGAAAUAAAAAAAAUAACCGAGGCCUUGUCUAAUUUCCCUGUCCCUCAAGUUGCCGUUAGCAUUCAAUGCUAACUUCCCGUCCGCCCGAACAUCGACCUCACUGUCCGUGGUUGCCUGAAUGUUGGAAAAUGCCUUCUAUUCUGCUUGUACCGCUUUACAAACUCAAGUGUAACCCCCUUUAUACGUCAGACUAACUGUCAUUGCCCUAGUGCUAACUGUUAGCUAAGUUGUUGCUGUCUUGUUGAACACUCCCCUAACAGAGCAGAUGUUCAAGUCUCUGUCAAAAGCUGCCCAAACGUCAAUGAAAGCCACUUAAGAGGAGAUGGGUUUGUGAUGUAACAUUUCGAAGGGUGGCAGAAGUAUAAAACAUGGAGACUUAUUUUACCAUUAUUAGACUUUUAAACGGUUUUAAACGACUAUUUUCUUCUUUGUCAUUUUAAUUUGAUGUGUCCAGACUGUAACCACAUUUAAGCCUUAAAUCUGUCGCCACCCAGAAGCUUGCGUCCCAGUGAAACCAGUUGACCAGGCACUGCUCGGCGUCCUCUCCCACUCGCGUAACGCAUCGUACUAGCGCAGUCGUGUUGAGCAGAGAAACGGUCUGAAGUGUCCUGUAACAAUUCCAGUUGUACUAAUUAAAGUCACGAUGGCUGUUGGAAUGACUUGCAUCUCUGUGUAUUAUGAUGUCUGUGACUGGUACGUCAUCGAAGGAACCUGGACCGACGAGGUGGACCAUUGUGUGGCAGUGACGUCAGGGCUUCAGCCUCAAAACCAUCUGGUGGUUCCUGACAGUCGAGUCUGCUGCUGCCUGGUCAAUAGAAAGUCUCUCUCUCUCUCCAUGUAGACUUUGGUUUGCCCAAAUAUAAAGGGAUUAAAUGUAUUUUACAAAUAAACUAACCAAUGGA